AUGGAAAGUUUUAGAAUAAACAGACCUUCUCAGCCAAGUAAAAAAUUUAUAAAAGGUCUUUUGACAGACAAGAGUGAUGUAAAUUCUGUUUUUUCUGUGGGUUAAAAAUAAUUAAUUUGCUAGGCCAAAAUGAUAUUAGAUGAAAAGAAAAUCAUAGUAUUAGAUGAAGCUACCGCAAAUGUUGAUAUGAAAACAGAUGAUUUUAUUUAAGAAACUUUAAAAUAUAAGUUUUCAGAUUGCACAAUAAUAACUAUUUCUCAUAGAUUAAAUACUAUUUCAGAUUACGAUAAAACUAUGGUCAUAAGUGAAGGAUAAAUAGUAGAAUUUGAUACUCCUUUUAAUUUAUUAGCCAAUUCUAUAAAUUCUAUUUCUGUUGAUACACUAGAUAUUUAAACUGAAUUUUUUAAGAUUUUUGAUAUCAAAAUUCAGAAAACAUUGUAAAUUUCUGAAGUAAAUCAACUGAAUUUUCAAGCUUAGUAAAGGAAAACUGUUAAGCAAUUUUUGAUACUCAUUCUUUCCUCUUUCCUAAUUUUUUGGAAUUCUUCUUCCCCUUAAAAGUCUUUUUAUCCUUGGGAAGAUCUUUAAAUUUUUAUUCUUCUUUGA